AUGGCGCCCAUACGUCGCUAUUUACGAAUCACGAAAUACUCUGUCCUAGAAUGCCGCAUAUACCUAGACAACCCUUCACUCGCGCAGUCAUGGCUUCUCAACCCGCGCAAUGCCGUUCUGCCACGCAUCAUUGAAAACAUCCGGCCGCUCGUGAUUCCCAAGCUCCGCGAGGAAAAGGAACGAAGCAAGAAAAAGAGCUCUAAAAAGAAAAAUAUCAAGGACGUCAUUGUUCAAGACGAUUUUGAAGUGUCCAUGUUCUUGACCGAAACGUCGACACGCCACUCUCUCCUGACAAAGAGGAAGCAUUUCCGGGACAAGGGCCCCCGUAUGAUGCAGUCGAAUUCUACAAAACUUAUAGGCGAGACCAACAUUGUUCCUGUUGACGUGGAUGGCGAGGACGAGGUGUCUGGUUUACGGGAAGAAGAUGGUGACGACGGCGAUGACGUGAGGCUGUCAGACAUUCCAGUUGCCAGCGCUCAGACGCGGUCCAAGAGACACAGGGACAAUGACAACUCAAACGCAAGAGCCCAAAACAGCCAUGUAGAGGCAGAAGGGCAAGAUGCCAUUGAAAUUGAUUCUGAUGCAGACGAGCCGGCGUCGAAGCGGACACGGUUUCCCGACGGCCCGGACGAGGAUGAAGACGAGGACGACAAGAAGAAGUUGACCAUGGAUGUGUAUUACGAAGGAUUCGCCAUCUACGGGCGAGUGCUCUGUCUUGUCGUGAGGAAAAGAGAGAACAAGACCCCACGACCUCGACAAGACGGCGCCAACAAACCUGAAGGCCAAGCCAGUAUGGAGAACUGGAUCACCUCAACGCAGAUCCCGGUCGGUGAAGAUGUUCCCUGA